AUGGGAGUAGCCCAAAACACAACAUCUACAAUCCCAGUGAAUGUAGGUCUGGUUCUUGACUUGGAUUAUUUGGAUGCCAAUGUUUCAUUGAGCUGCAUCAACAUGGCGCUUUCAGACUUCUAUGCUGCUCAUGGUGACUACAAAACGAGACUGGUCCUCACCACCAGGGACUUCAAGAAAGAUGUUGUUGGUGCAGCUGCUGCAGCCCUGGACUUGAUAAAAAAUGUGGAAGUGCAAGCAAUAUUGGGGCCAACAACAUCAAUGCAAGCCAAUUUUGUUAUUGACCUCGGAGAAAAAGCUCAGGUGCCAAUAAUAUCGUUUUGUGCAACGAGUCCUUCUCUUACUUCCAUUAGGAGUUCCUAUUUUUUUCGAGCUAUACAUAAUGACUCAACUCAAGUGAAUGCCAUAAGUGCAUUGGUUCAAGCCUUUGGAUGGAGAGAAGCAGUACCCAUCUACAUCGACAAUGAAUAUGGAGAAGGAAUCAUACCUUAUUUGACUGAUGCUUUGCAAGCAGUUGAUGCUCGUGUCCCCUACCGGAGUGUCAUUUCGUCAUCAGCUACUGACGAUCAAAUUGUUAAGGAGCUUUAUAAGUUGAUGACGAUGCAAACUAGAGUUUUCAUUGUGCACAUGUAUCGGUCUCUUGGAACUCGGCUUUUCACCAAAGCUGAAGAGAUUGGAAUGAUGAGUGAAGGAUAUGUUUGGAUCAUGACUGAUGGUCUGACUGCUGAUUUCUUGACUUCACCAAAUCCUUCUGUCAUUGAUACAAUACAAGGGGUAUUGGGUAUUAAACCUUAUGUUCCAAGAACAAAAGAGCUUGAAAGUUUUCGAGUUCGGUGGAAAAGGAAUUUCUUACAAGAUAAUCCAAAUAGCAUUGAUGCUGAUUUGAACAUUUAUGGACUAUGGGCCUAUGAUGCUACUACAGCAUUGGCCAUGGCAGUUGAGAAAGCUGGAACUACAAAUUUUGGCUUCCAAAAGGCAAAUGUUUCUAGCAAUUCGUCCACGGAUCUUGCAACUCUUGGCAUCUCUUUAAAUGGUCCACACCUUCUUGAAGCUAUAUCAAACACUAGUUUCAAAGGCCUUACAGGAGAUUACCUUUUUGUUGAUGGGCAGUUGCCAUCACCAGUUUUCCAGAUAGUUAAUGUGAAUGGAAAUGGAGGAAGAGAGAUUGGAUUUUGGACAUCAACAGAAGGACUUGUAAGAAAAUUGAAUCCUAGAAUAAACAAACUUAGGAAUUCAACCUCUGCGUCCGGUAUCUCAACUGUAAUUUUUCCAGGGGAUAUAACUUCUGUUCCCAAGGGUUGGGAGACUCCCACUAAUGGGAAGAAGUUGAAAAUAGGAGUGCCAGUGAGGGAUGGCUUCAGUGAGUUUGUGGCAGUGACAGAAGAUCCUAGUUCCAACACCACAAAAGUCACUGGAUACUGCAUAGAUGUUUUUGACGCUGUAGUCAAAGCAUUGCCUUAUGCUUUGCCUUAUGAGUACAUCCCCUUUGCCAAGCCUGACGGCAAGCCUGCCGGAACUUACAACGAUCUGGUCUAUCAAGUGCACUCAAAGAAUUAUGAUGCUGUGGUUGGAGACAUCACCAUUGUCUUCAACAGGUCCUUAUACAUCGACUAUACGUUGCCUUUCACAGAAAGUGGUGUCUCCAUGAUUGUUCCUAUUGCAGACAACAACAGCAAAAAUGCAUGGGUCUUCAUGAAACCUUUGACAUGGGACCUUUGGGUGAGCAGUUUUUGUUUCUUUGUUUUCAUUGGAUUUGUUGUCUGGUUUCUUGAGCACAGAGUAAAUGAAGAUUUUCGAGGGUCUGCUUCAGAUCAGGCCGGCACUAGCUUCUGGUUUUCCUUCUCGACAAUGGUUUUUGCACAACGUAAUCUCCCUUCUCCUAGCUACACAGCCAGUUUAACGAGCCUACUCACCGUCCAGCAGCUACAGCCUACAGUUACUGAUGUACAUGAGCUCAUUAAGAAUGGAAAGUAUGUUGGCUACCAGAAGGGUUCUUUUGUUCUAGAAAUCUUGCUAGGCUUGGGUUUCGACAAUUCCAAGCUCUUGGUGUAUGGUUCUCUAGAAGAAUGGCACGAUCUUUUCUCCAAAGGAAGUGGAAAUGGUGGUAUUGCUGCUGCUUUCGACGAAGUGGCAUAUCUAAAGCUCUUUCUGUCAAGAUAUUGCUCCAAAUAUACCAUGAUUGAUCCUACAUUUAAAACCGGCGGUUUUGGCUUUGUAAAAUCUCUUUCCAAUCUUGGUAUUUCCAUUUCCUCUAUGGCUAAUAAGUGCAUAGUUUCUCAUGUCUUCCCUAAAGGUUCUCCUCUAGUGCCUGAUAUAUCGAGGGCAAUAUUAAACGUAACCGAGGGGGAGAAAAUGAAGCAAAUAGAGGAUGCAUGGUUUGGCAAGAAAAGCAGUUGUCCGGAUUCCAGCACCUCAGUUUCAUCUAAUAGCAUAAGUCUCGAUAGUUUCUGGGGAUUAUUUUUGAUUGCCGGACUAGCUGCAUUUUCAGCUCUUAUUAUCUUCGUAGUCAUGUUUGUUUACCGAGAAAGGAGAGCCUUGAGGCCCUCUGAUUCCACAGCUUCAAUAUGGAGUAGAAUUAAAAAUUUCAUUACAAUUUUCAAUCAAAGGGACAUGACAGCCCGUACUUUCAGACAGAGUGAACUGAAUGAUAGAAAUGGCAUCAGUCCGGCUACUAUGGGCGUGCCAACUCCGUCAGCAUAUUCAGUUCAUGCAGAAUUUCCUGCCGAUCCAUCUUCAGCAGGCUAUGAUUCUAGUCCGAGUAGGCAAGCACCUCAAGAGGGAGUUAUAGAUAUCGAUCAGCUUACCGACCAAAAUCAAGAGAGACCAACAGCUUUGGAGAUAGACCAUGAAAAUACAUGA